AUGGCAAAUUCUCAAAUUGAAUCUGGCGCUCCCAUCAGUCUACAAGAGUUGUACCCUUUUUCCCCGUUUUUCAAGGAAGCUCUCUCACUCAGAGUUACAAGAUUGCUGAGAGGAUAUUCAAUUGACACAGCUGUAGGUGUUAUUGAAGAUGGAGAGAAGAGUCUCAAAAUCAACACUCAACACUUACGAGAUGCUCGAACCGGGAGAAAUGUGGAUGGAGUCGAUAUGAACCUCUACCGUAAAACAAUUGAACUCCUAAGGCAGUUUCUUGAAGUAGAAGAAGACAACAGAAAUAUGGUCAAAUGA